UGCUGGCAGCUGAAAUGGAUAAUUGAGGAUUUCCUGAGCUAGUAUCUUGAGUGAAGUUUUAUGCUGCUUUCCGGCUAUCAUUUCUGGUAAAUAUAAGGCUUCCCCUGUACAGGGGAUAUGUUUGUUGUUUCGUGAAUAUCUGCAAAUCAAGCAUCUUAUUGCAUGACUGUGUAAUGUUUGACUUGUGCUGUAUGAAAUUAAAUCUUCAAUUCCACAUCUUAGCUGAUUAUCCCUUUUAUUUUCUGUGAAUAUAGUGUGUUGAGGUUCUCCCUCCUAGCCAAUCUAACUUUUUCGAUUUUUGGGCUGAUUGAUAAACUAAUGAAGAUCUUUGCAGCUAUUCAGUUUGGAAAUUCAAUCAGCCAAGAAUGGGGCACACGCCACAGCAUGGAAAGCAUGUUGCCAAAAGUGAUUUGUUUAGUAUGUGCCACCUACAUUCUGGUGUCAAGCCAACCGAAAUGGAGGAGACGCAGCGAUUCACGUUCUUCGACAAACGUCAGCCAUCUGGUGUUUGGGAUUACUAGUUCAUCAAACAGGUGGAGAGACAAAAGAGAUUACAUCCAAGCAUGGUGGAGACCUAAUGUGAGCCGAGGCUUCGUGUUCUUGGACCGUCCCCCUACGGAGCACCUGCCAUGGCCUGCAAUGCACCCUCCCUACCGUGUCUCGGAUGACAACUCGCGGUACAAGGAGUACAACAGGCACCGUAUUCCAUCUGCGAUACGGAUGGCCCGGGUGAUCGAGGAGACGUUCAAGGCGGAGCGGGGAGGGGAGGCUAGGUGGUUUGUGAUGACAGAUGAUGACACAGUUUUGUUUGUUGACAACUUGGUUGGAGUUUUGUCAAAGUAUGAUCACAACAAGUAUUUUUAUGUUGGGAUGAACUCAGAGUGCUUUGUGUGCAAUGUUGUUCACUCAUUUGGGAUGGCAUUUGGUGGAGGUGGAUAUGCCCUGAGCUAUCCCCUGGCUAAGGCUAUGGCUAAGAACAUGGAUUUGUGCCUCAAGAGAUAUCCAUUUCUCUAUGGAAGUGAUCUCAUUCUCCAAUUUUGUAUUGCUGAUUUGGGAGUCCCUCUCACUCAUGAGCCAGGUUUCCACCAGAUUGAUUUCACAGGCGACAUCUCAGGGCUGCUAUCAGCCCACCCCCACUCUCCUCUGGUGUCACUCCACCAUCUGGACGCAGUGGAGCCGCUGUUCCCCUCGACCAACCGUGCCGAGUCACUAAACCUGCUGAUGCAAGCUGCAGCAGUCGACGAAUCGCGACUGCUGCAGCAGAGCAUAUGCUAUCUGAAGAAAUACAACUGGACUCUCUCGGCCGCGUGGGGAUACUCGGUCGAGCUAUAUGAGACCAUUCUCCCUCCGAGCCAUCUCUACCGCCCUCGCGAGACCUUCGCGCAAUGGAUGAAGGGCGCCUCGCCGCCGUACAUGUUCAAUGCUCGCCCCGUCUCCGCGGGCCCCUGCGACGCGCCUCGUCAAUACUUCUUGGCGCCAGGACCGGGUCGGGUCACCGCCUACAGAAGAACGUCCCCGCGGGGCCUGCCUGGGUGCCCCGGCGGCCGUUCUGCUGAUAAUGUCACCGUGAUUCGGAUCCUCUCGCCCUCGAAGAGGCUGGAUUGGCAACAGGAUGGAGGGAGGAGAGAGUGCUGCGAUGUGGAUGAGGUGGAUGAGGAUGCUCUCCAAGUUAAAUUAAGGGAUUGUGGCGCCAGAGAGUUACUUCUUUAACCAACCAUAUCUCAUUGCCAAUACAAUCAACAAACUUCCAUUUAUUUCUUAGAAAAUGUGUGUUUUACUAUACUCCCUUCCGCCACGUUGAAACAGGUUGAAUUUUUUUGUUUAAAUACACUAUUUCAAUUAUAUUUUCUCAUUCU